UAUUUCAUACAGAUGCGUGUUAAGGUUAGGUACUUGUGAAUUAAAGAAAAUCUGAUUGAAGAUAUAUACAGACAUAGCAUUUUAAUGUAUCUUUGAGAUUUGUGAGACUUUACUCUGAAUGUUGUCUUUAGAUAAUCUUCAUGGAUGAUCAAGUAAAUACAACAUAUAUAACUCUUGAUGGGUAUGUCGAUGUAGACAAAUACAGAUAUCUUUAUUUUGUGAUUAUGUUCACAACAUAUAUUCUGAUAAUCUGCAGUAAUUCUACUAUUGUGUGUCUGAUCUGGAUUAACCAAAACCUCCAUGAGCCUAUGUACAUUUUUAUUGCAGCUUUAUUAAUCAACUCUCUUCUUUUCAGCACUGCUAUCUACCCAAAGCUUUUAUUUGAUGUUUUAUCAGAAAAACAGAUCAUAUCAUAUUCAGCCUGUCUCUUUCAGUGGUUUAUAUUUUAUUCUUUAGGCGGUUCAGAGUUCUUACUGUUGUCAGCAAUGUCCUAUGACAGGUAUGUGUCUAUAUGUAAACCUCUGCAAUAUCCAACUAUCAUGACAAAAACAACGGUCAAUACUUUCUUGGUUUUAGCCUGGUUUGUGCCUGUUUGUCAGCUUGCAGUGCCAGCUGUACUGAAUGCUAAUAAAAAACUCUGUAACUUUAAUUUCAAAGGAAUAAUUUGUAACAGCACGGUUUACAAACUUCACUGUGUGAGUUCAAGAGUGCUGAAUAUAUAUGGCUUGGUUCUUUUUGUAAAUCUUAUUGUUCUCCCUGUACUCUUCAUACUUUUUACAUACACCAGAAUACUUUUAAUAUCCCAUGGAAGCUCUAGGGAAGUCAGGAGAAAAGCUGCACAGACCUGUUUACCACACUUGAUAGUUCUAAUCAAUUUUUCCUGUUUGGCAGCAUAUGAUAUACUUCUACUACGACUAGAAGUUGAGUUCCCCCAAACUGUGCAUUUAAUAAUGACAUUACAAAUAAUAAUGUAUCAUCCUCUCUUCAAUCCGAUAAUAUAUGGACUGAAAAUGAAAGAAAUCUAUAAACACCUCAAGAGGUUGUUCUGCGAAAUAGUCUAAUGUAGUAACAAUAAUAACUGUACUGUAAUAACUGUCCCAAUCAUUAAGAGAUGUGCUUUCUGUGACCCUUUGAAGGUUUGUAUUGUGAGGACUGGUUUGUAUAACAGUAGUGCACAGUAAAGGGCAUCAGCCAUGUCUAAGCAAUUGGCUUCAGUUUUUAAAAAAGCCUGAAGCUGUCGAGACUCCGGCAUCACAAAAUGAAGAAAUUCAUUGUGAGACCAACACUUUUCUGUUUGUGGCCUUCAUCAGUGUGACUUUGCCAACAUCACAUCCUUUUCCUACUCUAUUAUCCACUUGCUUUUUCAUUAAGUGCAUAAAAACAGAACCCUCUUACCAAUGAUAUCUUUUUAAUUGAAAAUCAUUUUCUUCUGUGUUUAUUAAUUAUUACUGUACUAUCAGACCAAUAAAGCUUGUAGGAAGACUUCUACCUGCAUAGGUCACAUUUUUCCCAACGUUACUGAGGGCUGCACCAAUGCUGUAUCUUUAGCCAUAUGAUGCAGUGAUCAUUUAGAAGAUUUAAUAAAUACUUGUUUAUGAUGGAGGUUAAA